AUGGUGGAUAUUAAAAGUAUAAAUAAGCUGACAUCAUAUGGUCAUAUGAGGUUCUUCUCUUACCAGAGCACAUUUUCGGGAAAGUUGAGGCUUCAUGAGGAAGACAAUGUAAUUCUCCGGGUACUUUCUUUGGUUUUCUGGACUUUGACUCUAAUCCCUCUCUGCAAGUACAUUAUAACUGUCUUAGGAGCAGAUGAUAAUGGUGAAGGUGGAACUUUUGCUUUGUAUUCUUUGCUUUUUCGGCGUGCAAAGUUGGGGCUUCCAAGUGCUCCUCAUGCAACAGCGGAUGAGUAUUCUCCUUACACUUCUGAAACACCUCUCAAAGAGAAGAGGGGCAGUUUGCUUGUAAAGGAGUUCUUUGAUAAACAUCAUAAUUCUCGAGUUUUGUUGCUAUUGGUUGUGGUUUUGGGAAUCAGCAUGGUUAUUGGCGAUGGUAGUCCAACUCCAUCAAUCUCUGGACAAAGGGAGAUUAAGCCAAAUGGUGCAGUUAGUAAAGCAUAUCUUCCUCUAGAUUGA